AUGCGCUAUCACCAAAGGCAUUGCAUCAAGGACAUUGAAUAUUCGAGUGAUGCAAAAUGGCUUGCAACAAGCGGUAAUGAUCGAAUAGCACAGGUGUGCAAGCUGCCAAUCAGUCGAUUCAAGGGAUAUGGCAAAGUCUAUGUCGGACACAAUCAAGCCGUUCGUGCCAUCACCGGAGAGACAUCUUUAUUAACAUUGCGAGGUAUAGCGCCGUCUACAGGCGUUGCUGUGGCUGCAAGUGCAAUGCGAAAUUGGUCCAGCGCAAAGAAAGCAUUAAGACAGGAUAUCGUAGACGCUAGUUUCUUCUACAUGAACAAAUUUCUUUUGUCAACAUGUGGCAACACUACCCAACUGCAUCAAUAUGAGCUGGACGAAGCGUGCGCUCGUGCUCCGAGUAGAAAAGCAAGGUCACGUGAAAAGGCUAGUGAUGUUUAA